CGAGGGGAACAAAAUCCCUAGAAUGCUUCUAUUCCCCAGGGGGCCUGGCACAUCUCUCCAUCUCAUCUCUUCCCCGCCUCCUUCUCCACCUCCGGCCGCCGCCGCGGCCAGGCCAUCGUGGCGGCGCGCCACCCAGCCAACCUCCUUCCUCCAACACCAUCAUCGCCUCCAGCUACCACGCCAUCAGCAACUGCCGCUGCACCAUCAACCGCGCCACCAGCUCCACCGCGCCACCGCAUCACCGGUGGGCCACCAACCAGCGCACCUCCCUCGCCUUGUUGCUCAUCUUCUUCUCCAUCCCCACGCUGCUGCUUCUUCUCCAAGUCCCCUGCUGCUUCCUUCUGCUUCAGGAUAACACCCCUUUGCUGAUUCUCUUCUCUGUAUCUCAACCCCCACUGCUUGCUGCCCCUUCUCUCUGCUACUCGCUGCUAUCUCUUUCCCUCUCUCUUCUCUGAAUUUUCUGUAAUUGGAGACGUGUAGUUCCUGUAAUAUUUAGAUUUGAUAAGAUCUUGCAACCUGACAAUUGCUCAGCUUCGUUCUUAUAAAUAUUGUAUCACAGAUUGUGUGUUCUCACUAGUUGAAGUGUUCUUGCUGUGUAUUUGUGGUCUAUCUGUCACCAUAUAUGUGUAUCCAACCUUGUGAACUUGUUUCAUUUUGUAGUCUGUGUUAACUCAAGCAUGUGUGAAAUAUAUACAUAUGUGUGUGCCUGUGAUAUAAUACGUUUAUGUUCUAUCUUGCAACCUUGUUUAUUUUUCCUGCUAAAUGUUAGAUAGUUAUAUAUAUGAUCAGGUCUUUUUAAUUCCCUAGCCGUUUGACGAUUACUUGUGUUAGCAUUUUAUUUCUCAAUUUUAAUGAAAAUGCCAAAAAGAUAUUGAGAUAAUCUGAACCUUCCAUUGCUACUUUGUCAUUUUCUUUGUCGUCAACUUUGGUUAGUUUAGGCCUAUAUUUCCUUGCAAUCAUCAUCUAAAUUCUGUCACCUAGCUUUAGCCAAGCACGAUCAUCGAUUUGCCUAGUCCCUGUGGGGAACACGACACUUGCAGUUUGGGUGAAAUAUCCCGCUGUACUUACAAUUGAUCAUUUUGGCGCCGUUGCCGGGGACUUGCGUCGAGCGAUUGUGCGAAGCUAUAGACUAGGCUUAGUAUAGUUUUUGUUUAAAUUUCCAGUCAAAUUUAUUUAUGUGUUUCUUUUACCUUUUUACUUUUUGUUGCUUCGGCUUAUUAGGAUACUAACCCUCUCACCAAUGUUUGAUGUUUGUGAGCGUGUGUAGGAUAUCUUAUUAUUUGUAGGCUGAUUGACAAUUGCACUUGAACAUAUGGGUUUAGUACGUGAUCUUUGGUUGCCAAGUAGUUUGGACACGAUGACAGGGCCAAUUUGGCCAUCUAUUGAGGCCGAAAAUUUUGAGUUGAGGCCUGGGCUUAUUGCUCUCGUCUUGCAGAAUCAGUUUAGAGGAUUACCCAAUGAAGACCCUCAUGAGCACAUUAGUAAUGUUCUGGAGUAUGCCAAUACAGUCCAGUAUCAUGGCGUUUCCCAAGAUGCUAUCAAGUGUAUGUUGUUCACAUUCUCUCUCAGAGAUGCUGCAAGGACUGGUACUAUUCUUUGCCAUCAAGAUCAUACACUUGGGGUGAUAUUUCACAAGCUUUCCUGCAUAGAUAUUUUCCACUUUACAAGCAAGCUGCAAUUCGUGACCAGAUCCUCAGUUUUGCGCAAGAUGGUAGUGAGAGCUUGUAUGCAGCUUGGGAGAGAUGUAAGUAUUUGCUUAGAAAAUGUCCUAAUCAUGGGCAAAAGGAUUGGUUAGUGCUUCAGAUAUUCUAUAGAGGGCUAACACAUGCUUCAAGAGAUCUUAUUGAUAUGUCAGCUGGUGGAACAAUCAUGAACAAGACCGUUGAGGGUGCAAUUAUUCUCAUUGAGAGCAUUGCCUUCCACCAAAUACAAUGGGGUUAUGAAAGGCCUAGUUCAAAUCCGAAGGUUGCAAGCCUCGUGCAAUCAGAAGCUGUGUGUUCCAUAAGUGAACAGAAAUCAUCCAUGGUGCCUAAUAUUCAAAACCAGCAUGUUUCAUUCCGGGGACAACAACAUUUCAGAACUGAAUUAGAUCCUCCAUAUAGAAACAUUGAUCUUACUUCAAUUAUCCUUGAUGAUGAUUAUGAUAUUUUCCAAGAUGAUGCAACCACUGUAGAUCAGAUGGAUACCACAGUAGCAGAUCCAAUACCUCAUGGCAAUGAAACUGUUCAGAAUGAGUCAAAGUUGCAAGAAGAGGUUUAUGAGGAACCUACUCUGAUUGACGCUAAGUUGAGACAGCAAGAUAUGGAGAAAUUCACUUGUGUUAGUCAGCUAUCUGACUGGUGGAAUUCAGUCGUGUCACCAAUUGCCCACACUUGUGUUACAACUGUAUCUGGACUAUUUGUCAAGAAGAAAUCAUUAGAUCCACCAGUGGUUACCUCUAUCACAGUUAAAGAGAGUAUCUCAGAGAAGAAUAGUGAAGAUGAGAUUCCAACUCCUGCACAUACAAUUAAGCAAGUCGGAGACAUUCCAAGGAGAGAGAUACAAGAGGUUGAGUCAAAUUUAGAAGAGCUGAUACUUCAAUAUCCUGAGAAGAUCCCAUGUGUUGCUGAGCUGCAUGACUGGUGGAAGUCAUCGGUGUCACUGUUGAAACUUAGCAAUGAUGGUGAUGAGGAGAACAUUGCUCAGAAAGACAGCGAGGUAGUGAUCUCAGCACCCCUACCAGAUCAUGUUAGUGAAUAUUCAUAGAUGGGGACACUUCAGACUCAAUUAAGUGUUGCUGGUAGUAGCACCAUAGAAGAUCCAGAGGAAGAGAGACCUCAGAUUGAAGAUGUACUCGAAGCCAAGGCACAAGAUGAUCCAGAGCUCGAACAACCAAGUAAUCAAGUUGAAGACUCAUCAUCUACUACUCUUGAAGAAGCAAAAGAAGCUGCUGUAGAUGAACUUGAAGAACCAGAAAUUCAUUUGCCUAUUGUCACACAAGAGCGUGAUGUAGCAGGUUUAUCUAAUCCUCGUGAUGACAUGAGUCCAUAUGAAUUGUUUGCUACUACCUUGCAUUGCAUGAUGCCAUCUGUUAAAGUAGAUUUGAAAAAGUAUUUGCUUGGACAUGAUCAUAUAUACCUUGUUAGUGGCAUUACUCACAUUAGGGAUGAUCAUAGUUACUUUCAUCGUGCUAGACCUAUGCUUAAUGAAACAUAUCAUUCUCAUACUAGUCUUGAGCUUAAUGAUAAAUGUCAUCCUCAUGUUAGUGUUGACCUUGCUGAUUUCUAUCACCCUAAACAUGUGCUUUAUAGCUAUGCUUAUGUAAUUGGCCACUCGAUUGAUGACUUGGAGGGUAUUAUCCCUACCACUCGCAUUGUCUCUUUUGUUGAGUGCCUUUUCAGGUUUUUGCUUCUGCACCGUUCACUUCAUGUUGACCAGGUUCGAGGUGACAUUCCUUGGGACCCUGGUGGACUCAGAGCACGGUGAAGAGGAGACGCAAUGGGGCACAAAUAUGGAAGAGAGAAGCUGGAGCAGGCAUGAGGAUUGAGAAGCAAAAGGAGAGGAGCUGCAGUUGGUGAGGUGAUCGAGCGAGUGCUACAUCAUCAAAGCCCGAAAAGUGCGCAAAGGCACUAUAAUCGUCAAGAUUCUGACUUUAUGGCUAAUGACAAGGGAGAAGGGCAUGAAAGAAAUACAUCAAGGACCUGAGCGAGAAGAAAAGAAGUAACCAGGGGCAUGCCAAUGAAGUUGGAGGGAUCAUCUUGUGAAGAAAGAAGAGAAGUAGAAGGGCCAAAGAGCAAAGCGGAAGAUCUGAUCGAGGGGAACAAAAUCCCUAGAAUGCCUCUAUUCCCCAGGGGGCCUGGCACAUCUCUCCAUCUCAUCUCUUCCCCGCCUCCUUCUCCACCUCCGGCCGCCGCCACGGCCAGGCCGUCGUGGCGGCGCGCCACCCAGCCAACCUCCUUCCUCCAACACCAUCAUCGCCUCCAGCUACCACGCCAUCAGCACCUGCCGCUGCACCAUCAACCGCGCCAUCAGCUCCACCGCGCCACCGCAUCGCCGGUGGGCCACCAACCAUCGCACCUCUCUCGCCCUGCUGCUCAUCUUCUUCUCCAUCCCCACGCUGCUGCUUCUUCUCCAAGUCGCCUGCUGCUUCCUUCUGCUUCAGGAUAACACCCCUUUGCUGAUUCUCUUCUCUGUAUCUCAACCCCCACUGCUUGCUGCCCCUUCUCUCUGCUACUCGCUGCUAUCUCUUUCCCUCUCUCUUCUCUGAAUUUUCUGUAAUUGGAGACGUGUAGUUCCUGUAAUAUUCAGAUUUGAUAAGAUCUUGCAACCUGACAAUUGCUCAGCUUCGUACUUAUAAAUAUUGUAUCACAGAUUGUGUGUUCUCACUAGUUGAAGUAUUCUUGCUGUGUAUUUGUGGUCUAUCUGUCACCAUAUAUGUGUAUCCAACCUUGUGAAGUUGUUUCAUUUUGUAGUCUGUGUUAACUCAAGCAUGUGUGAUAUAUAUACAUAUGUGUGUGCCUGUGAUAUAA